UGUUUUGUUUGUUUGUUUUGUUCACUGAAUUUCAAAUUUUUUUUGAAAAAAAAAAUUGAUUUUUCAUCAAAAAUUUUCAACCAAAAAACCAAAAUAAACAUGGCAACCGAAUUUGUUAAAGGUUGGAUUCUACUCGAUACAUUGGGUGAAGGUCGUUUUGGCGAGGUUAAAUUAUUAAUGAAUAAAGAUAGCCGGGAUAUGGUUGCUGUAAAAGUAUUAACAAUAAAAAAUUCUGAACAAGAUAAACAAAUACGUAAAGAAAUUUGUAUACAUAAAAAUUUACGACAUGAAAAUAUUAUUAAUUUUUAUGGUCAACGUCGUGAUGAUGAAUCAAAAAUUGAAUAUAUUUUCUUGGAAUAUGCACAAAAUGGUGAACUAUUUGAACAUAUUGAACCUGAUUAUGGUAUGGAACGAAUAAAAGCGGCAAAAAUUUUCAUUCAAUUAUUAAACGGUGUUGAAUAUCUACAUCAACGUGGUAUUGUACAUCGUGAUUUAAAACCAGAAAAUCUUCUGCUUGAUAAAAAUAUGGUAUUGAAAAUUGCCGAUUUUGGUAUGGCAACAUUGUUUCGUCAUAAUGGGAAAGAACGUUUAUUAACACAAAUGUGUGGUUCAAUUCCGUAUAUUGCACCAGAAGUUCUUCGUAAUGAUCCACAUCAUGCUGAACCAUUAGAUAUAUGGAGUUGUGGUAUCAUAUUGGUAGCAAUAUUAACCGGUGAAUUACCUUGGUUAGAAGCAAUGGAAAAAAAUCAACAUUAUCGUCAAUGGAUUAAUAGCCAUUAUAAUUUACAUUUAAAUCCAUGGCAAAAAAUCGAUACAAUCGAUAUUGCAUUAUUGCGUACAAUUUUGGAACCAAAUCCCGCAAAACGUUCGAAUAUCGAACGAAUACGUUCACAUCGUUCUUAUUUAAAUUUAAAAAAUCUUAUUGAUAAUGAUAAAAAUUUGGUUCGUAAAUCAUCAUUUCCACAUAAACGUUCAUCAAAUGUCGAUAAUGGUGGUGGUGGUUUCGCAUCGCAACCACAACCAAAAUUAGCCGCAAGUCAAGCAGUAAUGAUGAUUGGUAAUUCAAAACGACGAACAAAUCAAACAAACGAUGAUGAUGAUGAUGAUUGUGAUCAAGAAAAUAUCAACGAUGAUUGCGGUGGUGGUUGGACAACAACAUCAUUUUCACAACCAAAUCGUAUACAAGAUAUGUUCCUGUCGACACAAACACAAAUGGAAUUAGGUUUUGGUGGUGGAAUAUCACAAGGUGGUAUUACACCACCCGAAAUGACAUUAUAUUUUCGUAUUGUACGUCGUAUGACUAGAUUUAUGUCGAUAAAAAAUUUCUCGCAAACAAUCAAAACAUUAGAACAAGCAUUCGAUGAUCUACGUUGGUCAUGGAAACAACAAACAAUUGGCCUGUAUAAAAUACAAAUUUUAUCCAAUCAACGUAAUCGUAUACCAUUAAUAUUUCGAUCAUCGGUUAAUGAUUUAUCAACCGGAAAAAUUCUUGUCGAUUUUCGCCUGGCUAAAGGUGAUGGUAUUGAAUUUAAACGACAAUUUUUAUUGAUAAAAAAUCUACUUAAACCAAUUAUACAAUCAUAUGGACAGAAUAUUCUUAAUGAUGAUGAUGAUGAUGAAAAUGAUAUUUUUUAAAGAAUUUUAUAAUU